GGGGGGCGUGUGCGCGCGCAGGACACGCCACCUGCGCCGGAGCGCGCUCUGCCCGAAGCAUCCCCAGCCGUCGGGCCACCCCCGUCGCCCCCGCCGGCCCAGCUGCACCUCCCCUCCGCUCCGGUGACUGCUCGCCCGGCGGCAGGGCCCGAGUCGUCGCAGCCACCUCAUUGCACAACCCGGCUUCCCAACUGUUUACACAGCCCGGCCUGUGAGUGUAUGUGUAUACAGCGUGAGUCACCGGGAGGCGGAGGAGGUGGAGGAAAAGGAGAAGGAGGAGUGCACUGGCCGGGAUCGGUGCGGCGCACACACUCACUCACACUCAGUUACCCUCUCCGAGCGCGUCUGUCUCGCGCACACUCACGCCGGGAGCCCGGAGCGCGUAGGAUCCCGGGCGCCGCGGAAAAGUUGGUCCGGCUUUCGCUCCGACACUUCUUGCUUCGGGAAGUGCAUUUGCUCCGUGGCUCCGCCGAGCCUGCGGAAUCCUGUUCUCGCUGCUCCGGACCUCGGAGGCCGCCGCCGCCUCUGCUUCCCCGACUGUCGGCAGCCUCUACAACAAUAGCGAGGCGCCCCGAGCCGGUACCCACGGGGAUCCGGGGACCCGAACCGGCCUCCUUUCCCCGGACGCGCGGCCACCGUGGUCCUCGCGUGUACCGCGAGCGCCCGGGAGCGGCUCCGGCUUUGCCCCCCGUGGGGGCAGAACCAAGCUCCGUCUGCAACCUCCAUCCCGCGGGCUGGAGUAAGUCGCGGCGCCGGCGCCGACCCAGUUGCACCUUCCCGCGCCGAUCCGAGGACGUACAAAGCCGGGGCCGCCCCGGCCGGGGACGGGAUGCGGGUCGGUCCCGUGCGCUCUGCUAUGAGCGGCGUCUCGCAGCCCCGCGCUCCGGCCUUGCUACUCCCGGUCGGCCGGGGCGCCCCGGCCAAACGCCUGCUGGACGCGGACGACGCGGCGGCCGUGGCGGCCAAGUGCCCACGUCUCUCCGAGUGCUCUAGCCCCCCGGACUACCUCAGCCCCCCUGGCUCUCCCUGCAGCCCGCAGCCUCCGCCCGCCGCUCCGGGGGCUGGCGGCGGCUCCGGGAGCGCGCCGGGGCCCAGCCGCAUCGCCGACUACCUGCUGCUGCCCCUGGCCGAGCGCGAGCAUGUGUCCCGGGCGCUGUGCCUCCACACCGGCCGCGAGCUGCGCUGCAAGGUGUUUCCCAUUAAACACUACCAGGACAGAAUCCGGCCUUACAUCCAGCUGCCCUCACACAGGAACAUCACUGGCAUUGUGGAAGUGAUCCUUGGGGAAACCAAAGCCUAUGUCUUCUUUGAGAGGGACUUUGGGGACAUGCACUCCUACGUGCGCAGCCGGAAGAGGCUGCGGGAAGAGGAGGCUGCCCGGCUCUUCAAGCAGAUCGUCUCUGCCGUUGCCCACUGCCACCAGUCAGCCAUCGUGCUGGGGGACCUAAAGCUUAGGAAGUUUGUCUUCUCCACAGAGGAGAGAACCCAGCUCAGACUGGAAAGUCUAGAAGAUACACACAUAAUUAAGGGAGAAGAUGAUGCUUUGUCAGACAAACACGGCUGCCCAGCCUACGUGAGCCCCGAGAUUCUCAACACCACAGGGACCUACUCCGGAAAGGCGGCGGACGUUUGGAGCCUCGGGGUGAUGCUCUACACCCUUUUGGUGGGACGCUACCCCUUCCAUGACUCAGACCCCAGUGCCCUUUUCUCCAAAAUCCGACGUGGACAGUUCUGCAUUCCUGACCACAUUUCCCCCAAAGCCAGGUGCCUCAUUCGCAGCCUUCUGAGACGGGAGCCUUCAGAAAGACUCACUGCUCCAGAGAUCUUACUCCAUCCCUGGUUCGAGUCUGUCUUGGAGCCUGGGUACGUCGACUCAGAAAUAGGAACUUCCGACCAGAUUGUUCCAGAGUACCAGGAGGACAGUGACAUCAGUUCCUUCUUCUGCUAAUCCCCAAACCUCAGAAACCUCAUAAUUCUCACACAUGGCAUUUCCAUUUCUAAAGAUGGACAGGCCUUUCCUGCAGAGCUGUUUCCCUUAGUGAACCUUUGCCAGCUGUCCCUGUGUCAGAUAUGGGGGUUCCGCAUCUUUUACAGGUGGCAAGGAGUAUGGAUAUCCUGCAGCAUGUGAGCAAGUGAAAUGAACAUUCUAAAGGGAGAGGAAAUGAAUCGCACAAUGGCAUUUUGGGCAAUAACCAUAUUUUUAACAGGGUGACAAAUAAUUUGGGCCAAUAAACCUGCCAUCUUCGAACUUGUCUUUGGUAGCCAGACUUUUGCUACCCUAGCUUCUCUGAUCGGAAAGUUGUUUUUUCUGGUUUGGUUUAACACUCACCCUUUCUUCAUCUUUUUGGAGCAGACUGUUUCAGGGGCAUAGGAGCCUGCCUGAACCACGAACCCAGAAUUUCUCCUCCAUUUCCUGCCAAGACCUCAUUUGCACUAAUGCCUUCUUUCUGACCUUGAAAUGCGCCCUCCCAUCCCUUCACUAUAAAAGCACUUACCAGCUAACUGUGGAAAAGUAUCAUAAAAGAUUCAAACUCCUGGCUAUUUUAGAACUCUGAGCUCAGACAGAGAGACUGGAGACUUUUAACAAGAAUUUGAGCACUUGGAAACCAUUAGCUUUCUUGGUUCCCCUCAAAUAUGUUAGCAUUUAUCCUUUACUUUUUUCCCCAAGACCAUCUCAGGGUGGAGCAUUUUGUCUAGGAGGAGAAAGAUAAGAAGGCUCUCCACUCCCUCUCCCAAGAGCAAAUGUUAAACAUCUUAGUGCUUCAGAGAAAGUGAAUUUUGGAUAGUCUUAGACGGUUCUCGGACUAACUUCCAGAAUUAUACUUUAACCACUGCCAUGGGUAUGGUCUGCAGUUUUGCAUGACAGGUUGUGAAUAUUUCGGAUGUGGUGUGGUUUAUGAAUACAUCUGCAUCAUCAGUAUCUGGGAUGAAAUAGCAAGCCCCAAAUCUUUAAACUUGAAAGGGACGUUAAAAGUCAUCUGGUCCAACUUCUUUCGUUUCUCUGCCACCUCCCAAUGCAGAAAUCCGCCCCCCCGACACACAGCUUCUUUCACAGGUUGGGUCUGCAACCUCUUUUUGAAUGCUUCCAGAGAUGGGAACUCACUACCUACAAAAGAUAGAGCUUAACAAAGAAACUGCAACUUGCAUUAAAAAAACAAGUACAGAUGAAAUAUCAGUAAAUAGACAGUACUGAAAUCAGGUGAUUAAACGGGUAAACCAAACAUACUGUAUUUUGAGAAAUGGCACAAAAACAGGCAGUCACUUUUAAGGGCUACGCCUAGGCAAACUACUAACAUGCAUUGUGAGAAUACCGUGUAUACCUCACGUACUGUGUACUUUGUACAUAUAGUGUACCUUUUAUACAUAUGUCCGAUUUUUUUGUUGUUGUUUUGGCUCUGACGCUUGUUCUGUUGUCUGUGUCUGUCUGAAUAACCUGCGUGUCUAAGGCCACGUGAAAUGUGAAUGAUCAUUGGCAAUAUUACCUUGACAGAAUCAUGGGACUUGGAGAAGAGGGAGGACAGAAGCCUCUGUCCCACUAACGUUCUUGUGGUUGCUUGAAUGUUGUAUCUGUGAUACAUGACCCGGCUGAGGACUCUGGGCUGGCUGGGGCUUUGAAACACUAGAUCCUUCCUGUACAUGUGUAUAUAUGUGAGACGGCUGUUUCUGACUUGUAGAGAAAUUUUAAUAAAUCUGGU